AUGGGUUCUCAUCAUAGUAGUCUCUUCAUCAUCAUCAUCAUCCUGUUAUUCUCAUCACUAUUAGUAUCCAUGACUGCAUCGUCGUGUGUGCCCACUGACGCAGGCCCUGUUGUCAAGACCACGCCUUUGGUGUCUUUUCUCGAACGCCUUCAAGAAUUAGCGUUUCAGACGUACGGCCCGAAGAAUUUCGACCCGAAAUUAUACGUGGAUAUGUCAUUGAAACAGAGCCUGGAGAAAACAGAGGAAGGUUUUCGGAGUCUUGUGAAAAGUGGGAACGGGUCGGUUUCGGUGGCCGACCUGGACGGGUUUGUGAAGGAAUACAUGGAGGGUGCUGAUGAGGAUUUGGUGUAUUCGGAGCCGGUGGAUUUUGUGGAUGUUCCGGACGGGUUUUUGCCGGGGGUUUUGAAUGCGGAGAUAAGGGAUUGGGCGUUGGAGGUUCAUUCUCUGUGGAAGAAUUUGACCAGGAAAGUUUCGGAGCGGGUUUUGGAGAAGCCGGAUUUCCACACUUUGUUGCCGUUGAAGGAGGCGGUGAUCGUUCCGGGAUCCAGAUUCCGGGAAGUUUACUACUGGGAUUCUUACUGGGUAAUCAGGGGCUUAUUAGCCAGCAAAAUGUAUGAAACAGCAAAAGGAAUUGUGGCUAACCUUAUUUCCUUGAUUAAUCAAUAUGGCUACGUUCUUAAUGGUGCCAGGGCAUAUUACACUAACAGGAGCCAGCCUCCACUGUUGACCUCCAUGGUAUUUGACAUAUACAAUCGCACAGGAGACAUCCAAUUUCUCCGAAAUUCUCUUCCUCCAUUACUCACUGAAUAUGAGUUUUGGAACUCGGGAAUACACAGGGUGACUAUUAAGGAUUCAAAAGGAGAGAUACACAAUUUAAAUAGGUAUUACGCACAAUGGAAUACGCCCAGGCCAGAGUCUUCCACAAUAGACAAAGAAACAGCUUCAAAACUCCCAAAUGAUUGUGAGAAAACACAGCUUUACCGAGAAUUGGCAUCUGCUGCUGAGUCUGGAUGGGAUUUCAGCACUAGAUGGAUGAGGAAUGGAUCUGAUCUAACAACGUUGUGGAUUACGAGUAUAGUCCCUGUGGAUUUGAAUGCAUUCAUUCUUAAGAUGGAACUUGACAUUGCAUUUCUGGCUAAUGUAAUUGGAGAAAAAAGCACAGCUGAGAGAUUCAGAGAAGCUUCCUUAACCAGGCAGAAAGCAAUGAAUUCAAUAUUAUGGAACAAAGAAAUGGGCCAAUGGCUUGAUUACUGGCUUACCAAGGGUAAUACCCCCAAGGAUGGUGAUUUUUACAAUUGGGAAGCUUCAAACCAAAACAAGCAACCAUUUGCUUCAAACUUUAUCCCAUUGUGGAUCAGCUUGUUUCAUUCAGUGAUGGAAAGUUUUCAAGCUUCUGGCUUGCUUCAGCCUGCAGGGAUUGCAACUUCUCUCACAAAUUCAGGGCAACAAUGGGAUUUCCCAAAUGGAUGGGCUCCUCUUCAGCAGAUGAUUGCUGAGGGACUAGCUAAUUAUGGAACAGAGGAGUCAAAAUCAUUAGCUCAAGAGAUUUCUUCAAGAUGGAUCAGAACCAAUUAUGUAGCUUUCAAGAAGACAGGCACAAUGCAUGAAAAGUAUGAUGUUGAAAAGUGCGGAUCUUAUGGUGGUGGUGGGGAAUAUACUCCUCAAACGGGUUUUGGGUGGUCAAACGGAGUGGUAUUGGCAUUUUUAGAGCAGUUUGGAUGGCCUAAAGACAUGAAGGUUGAUUGCUAA